AUGUGCAUAAUUGAAGGCAAUAUCAUUGUGGGUGGACAGAUAUCGCCCGAAGAAAUUGAGCGAGUUUUCUGUCACUUGGAACAGGCUUGUGCUUUGGCCGAACUUGUAAAGUCUGAUGAGAUCCCUCAUCUUCUCGUCCAUGGUCCCUCACGUGCAGGGAAAAGAACCUGCAUUAAGUAUGUUAGCUUUUUAGGGAACUCUACGAAGCGACUGCAUCUUGACACCCCCCCCCCCUCAUCACUCCUUCUAAUAGAAAAAUUGAAAUCGUUACCAUCAGUAGUAACUACCACAUAG